AUGGAGUCUGGGAACCUCCCUCGGGAAAUCGCGGAUGGGCUGGUCGAGAUUUCCUGGUAUUUCCCUGCUGGGAGGGAGAAUUUGGAUCUUUUCCCAGACCCCUUCGCAGUUACAAACCUGCGUGGAGACAUUGAGUCCCACUGGCUGCAGUUCAGCUUUUUAACAGAGGUCUCCUCAGCAGUGUUCAUUGUUACUGAGAGUAUCAACGAGAGACAAUACGCGCUGUUAUCAUCUCUGCAGGGAUCAGCCACUAAAUACUACUUCAUCUUUAACUGCAAGAUUGAGAAACCCGAGGAGACCCUGCAAUUCCUUUAUAAAUUAGAGUCGGUGCUGAAACUAGACAAACUAAGUGUGCUGAUGAGAGAGAACACCCUAAAUCAUGCUCAGUUUGUGGAGAAGCUGCAGCUCACCAUUGGAAGCCUCAUGGAGUCCUCUCUCAAGAGAGCCUCCGUAGCAGACAUGGCUGCGAUAGCACGAGAAUUAGGUAUCCGGGUGGACGAGGACUGUGAGGAAUGCCAAAGUGCGAGCAAACGGGUGGCAGGAAUCACAGCGGAAAUAAAGGACGUGGCAAAGUACAAGAGGGAAAUGUUGAGACUCCCAGGGGGUCUGUGCAAAAAGUUGGCCAAGGCGGAGAAAGAGCUGUUCCGAAUGCAACGGCAAGGGGAUGCAGCCACUGGGCUCCAUGCAUCUCAGCAAAGAGAGGAACGGUUGGACUUAUAUACCCAGCCGGAUAAAUGUGAGCUUACUGAUGGGAUGGUCAAGUUUAUUACUGGGCUAGGAAAACUCUCUCAAGUGGAAACACACUACUUCCUAAAGUGGAUGAAAUACCAUCUGGGUCGUAUUGCUCAGGGCAAUCUCUCCAGCCUGCAGGCUGACUAUAAGGAGAAAUGUCAUGUUAGAGGAGAUGAUCCCCAACAUAGAGCAAAACUGCAUGAACCAAUUUCCUCCAGUUCCUUAGGGGUUGAGCAUUUCAUGCGUGGGUUGGGGCAGUUUUAUGAAGCUGAAUGUGCAAUGGUGAAGGAAGUAAAAAAGCUAAAAACCCAAAGGCAACUCAUCCAUCUCCCAGGCAUAGCAGCUGACCUGAUGCUGGAAGGGUUUCCUCUAGAACUGAUCGAUGGAGAUGUAUCCAACAUCCCACUGCAGUGGGUGACAGAUGUUCUGACCCAGCUCCAUGCCAAGCUGGGGGGAAGGUCCAGAAUGCUGGUUCUAACAGUGCUGGGAGGGCAGAGCACUGGGAAAUCCACCCUCCUCAACACCAUGUUCGGUCUGCAGUUUGCAGUGAGCAGUGGCCGAUGUACACGAGGAGCCUUCAUGUCACUCAUUAAAGUGGCAGAGAACUUUCAACAGGAGCUGGGCUGUGAUUUCAUCCUGGUGAUAGACACAGAAGGCUUGAAAGCCCCCAAACUGGCCAAGUUGGAGGACAGUUAUCAACAUGACAAUGAGCUGGCCACACUGGUGAUUGGACUGAGUGACAUAACCAUCGUUAACAUGGCCAUGGAGAACGCCACUGAAAUGAAGGGUGUUCUGCAAAUUACGCUAGAUACACUUCUGAAAAUGAAGAAAAUCAGGCAACAUCCAAACUGCCAAUUUGUGCAUCAGAACAUCAGUGAUGUGUCCGCACAUGAACAAAACACGGGAGACGGGUAUCAGCUCCUGGAGCCGCUGGAUGAAAUGACCAUUGCCGCAGCUUGUACAGAAAAAGGAAUCAGGAAAACGAAAUUUCCUGGUAUUAUACAUAAUGAUGCAGAGAAACACAAUUGGUACAUCCCUGGCUUGUGGCAUGGAGUCCCUCCCAUGGCUCCAGUGAACAUGGGAUACAGUGAGAGUGUGUUUGAGCUAAAGAAAUACCUGAUUGAAUUCAUGAGACGAUACUCAUCUAGUAGACCCCUUAAGGACAUCCCCCAGUUUAGUGAAUGGGUAAGGAGCUUGUGGAAUGCUAUAAAACAUUCAAAUUCUACCUUCAGCUUGAGAAAUAGCUUUGUGGCUCACACGUAUAACCAGCUGUUUACAAAGUAUUCUGAAUGGGAAUGGGAUUUCCGCAAGGAGAUGCAUCUCUGGGUGUCGGAGCAAGAAACUUUUAUCCAGAAUCAGCCUCAAGCUGAAGUAGACCAUGUGGCUUUAAGCAGGUUAAACCAUGAAACUUGGCAGAAACUGCAGCAAGAAGAACGGAGGGUCUUGGAUUGUUUGCAAAACUACAUUGGAAGCGGAGCUGCAAAUGUGCUUCUGACAGGGCAGUACAGGGAAGAUUUCAUCAGGAGCACCAAUGGCCUGACGAAAGAACUCGGACGGUAUUGGCUCAGAAAGUGUGAAGAAGCACUUGACAACCAAAGCAGCCCUGAGAGAUUGAACCAUCAGAUCCAAGCCGUGAACAUGAAAACAAUGAAAGGGAAAGCGGACGGUCUGUUGGGACACUGCAGGAAAAGAAACCUUUCCACCUUUCCAAAGGGGAUCAGGAUAUUCUGUGAGGCGUGUCUGAGGCCUGCCCUGGUGGAUUAUGUUAAUAGGAUGCUUGGUAUAAAAAUAGUGGACAAUUUUCGCAAGAGUGCACAGGGGAUUGGAUAUGGCAAUCGGAGCUUCUUCCAAUUUUGGAUGCUGAGCAGACUCUUGGAGGAGAUGAACUUUGAUGGCUAUGUGAAAUAUAUUAAUAACUACGAAGAGUUUGCCAAAACUUGGAUAUGGACACACCUGUUAGAUCACUACAAAGAGACUAGGGGCGUGGAAGAUUUGGAGAGAGAGCUUCUGGCCACAGGAAUAAAGAAAAUCAGGGAUGCUCUGGAGAACUCCAAGACUCAGACUGACUUUUUAGGCAGCUUUUUCAAAUAUUUGCAAAGGGAUCUUGUAAUAUCCAGGGACAGGUUAGCCAGAAUCCAGCUUAUUAAUACAACAAAUCCAAACCUGUUUCCCAUUGCUGUUCAAGACUUUCUGCCUGCACUCGAGCAAGCAAUCUUAUCCCAGUUUAAAGACUUGGAUGUUGAGUCUAAGUUCUCCAUCCUGUCUCUGAAGCCCCAGGAGGAGAUCUUUAAGCACGUGUUUGGCUGUGGGAAGUGCUGUCCAUUCUAUUCCAGCUACAAAACUUCCAACUAUUGGAAGUUUGUUUUCAAGGCGUUCAACCAACAGUUUGCUAGAGAUAGCAAGUGGAGAGGUAAGAAUGACUCCCUGCUGCAGCUACUCAAGGACAAGGUGGAGCUAUGGCUGGCCAAAGCUGAUCAGCAGGGCAGUGGAAAGUAUGUAGCACCCUCUCAAGGGAUGGAAUAG